AUGGCAAGUCCGAGGGCCUUAUACUCGAACGACCUUUUCUACCCAGAACUAGAUCCCAUAACGUCAACCAGUCCUAGUAUAUUCGAACCCCAGCGGGAGUCAGCCCCAUCCCAGUACCACGGCAGGUCCGUGGAAACCAGUGACAGGCAACAGAAGCUCCUUAAGUUCAGCCAGGAGCACUCAUCACUCGCCAAACAGAGCACACGAAAGCCUAAAACCGACCACGAACUCGAGGUGGAGUUGCAGCAGAUGGACGACAACCUUGCCACACUCGGUGAAGCGAAAAGAAAGAGUGAGCAAGAACUAGCUCGGGCGAACGAGAAUCUUGCGAACCUUCAGAAUAAAUGCGAGAGCAUCUCCAUUGAUUAUGGAUCGCUCCGUAGAGAACACCAUCAGCUGCAGUGCCAAAAUGAUACCAUGGCUCGUCACACCAGAAAGAACCUGAAGGAGUUGCAUGAGGAUUUGCCCAUGAAGGACGCAGAGGUGGAGACUCCUAGGGAUCACAUCUCCACCGUCUCGGAGCACAGGACUGGUCUCGCCGAGCAGCUCGAGCAGCUACAGAAGAAAGAACCUGAAAAGCAAAUCCGGAACCUGAAUAAGGAGGGCAAAGACCGAAAGGCAUCUCGGGAACCUGCAAAGACGAACUGGCAAACCGAUAUUUCCAUGCUACAGGAGAAGAUUACGAUAAUGAACAAUGACGCCGUCCCUAGAGCUUUGAAAGAUGACCAGUAUCUUCCGCUCUGGAGCCGCGAGAAAGCAAAGCUCGAGGCACAAGUCCGGGAUCUGGACAAUGAAAAGUCAUCUUUGGUACGCGAGAAGGGCAACUUGACCUCUGAAAUGCAAGCCCUGCAUCAAGAAAACAUCAGAUCCAAUCAGCAGUUCAUUGAUAUGACCUCUCGUUAUCGCGACGCUGAGCAGCGAAACGGCGAGCUAUUGAUGCAUAUCAGAAGCCUGGAACAAGCAGCACUCACCACAGCCCAGGAGCAUGGCAAGGACUCGCAACGCUGGAAACAGGAGAAAGUUACGCUGUCAACACAGAUCCAGAUCCUAGAGCAAGUGGCGCUCACCACUGCCACCUCAGAGCAGACGACCCUUCGACCCCAGGACGGUGUGAACGAUGCCAAGGGGAAAUUUGAAGACGUAAAGAACAUGCUAGAUGUGUUAGAAAACACCGCAGAUCAAUUUCGAGUUAUGGGUGAAAAGCUCAAGUUCUCGGAAGACGCCGCCAACGAGCUACGGACUCGCGAGUCGAAGGCCGACGCCGCGCUCAUACACAGACAGCGCUCACUUGCUGCUUCCAAGCGUGAAGUUACUCAGCUCAGGAUCAAAAAGAUUAGACUUGAUAAUCAGCUCGCUUUAACCAACGGGCGCUUGCAAACUGCAAUGCAGACCGCCGAGGACCUUCGGAAUUCCAGUGAAAAAACUCUAGACAGGCACCGAGAAAAACUCGCCGAAUAUGUUGAUGGGGCCGUCAAACAUAUGGACUGGCAGGAUGAGAAGAUACGUGAUGUUGAAGCCAUGCUUGACGAAGUUUGUGAUAUAGCCACAGAGUUCCGGAACGCGUACAAGAACGUCUCGGAGAGUUUCACACUCGCCGAUGGCAAGGUUCUGCCCUAG